AUGUCCCUAUCCAAUCCACUGCACAAACACAACUCAAACAAGGGCCGCCGUACAACAUUCACCAUCGCCAUCGCCAUCGCCAUCGCCAUCGCCAUCGCCAUCGCCAUCGCCAUCGCCAUCGCCAUCGCCAUCGCCAUCCAGACAUUGUCGCGAGACACACCUGCGCUUGGUCACACUUCCACCCCCACAGCCAUGGCCUCCACACAACCCUCAUCAGGUCCUUCGACAAGUACCAUCGCUGUCGCAACAGUCGGCGUUGUCGCAACCGGCCUCCUAGCAUACGCCUUUUACUUCGACCACAAGCGAAGGAGCGACCCAGAGUUCAGGAAGACACUGAAGAAGCAACACAAGAAGGUGCAGAAGAUCUCGGAGGAGUCGGCAAAGGCGUCAGAGCGCGAGCAGAAGCAGAAGAUCCGACAAGUAGUGGAUGAGGCCAACGACGAGGGCUUCCCACGCGAUCCCGAAGACACUGAGGCAUACUUCAUGCAGGAGGUUGCAAGAGGAGAGAGCAUGUGCACAGAUGGCUCGGACCCAGUCGAUGCGGCGCUGUGCUUUUACAAGGCAUUGAAGGUAUACCCACAGCCAAGGGAAUUGAUCAGCAUCUACGACAAGACGGUGCCCAAGCCAAUUCUUGACAUCCUUGCCGAAAUGAUCGCAGUCGACCCAAGCAUAUCCGUCACUGGCUCCUCCGGCCCAGGAUCCGACGCUGGGUCCGCUGGCAAUGUCGAGUAA